AAAAAUGAAUUUAGCAGCGUCAUUGAUCACGUGACUACUAUCAUUAAUCACGUGACUACUGCCACGUUCGAACCGGAUUGGUCGGUUUGUUUUUUUUUAGCCGCGCUGUGAUUGGCCAAUGAGAGCCGGCUUACCUGACAAGCGAGGCAAAGUGUGAUCUUGCAGGAGUGGGCGUGGCCAGUUCUGGGAGAGAAAGUUCGAGGAAGGAAGUUGGAAAAAUGUCCGAAGUGAAGAAAAGCUCCUCGCCGACUCUUUGACGGCAAAACAUGGCGUCCGAGGGGAAGUUCCACGGCGGGGAACUUCUGGAAGUUGACAUAUGCGACGUCGAGGACGACUUCUGCGGCUUCCAGCGGUGGAAUAAGAGCCCCGACGACGUCGAGGCAUCGUUGUCCCCGGCACCGGCGCCGGAGCAGGUGUCCGGUUCCGCGGAGACUGACGACUGCGACCCAGACGCGCGGAACCCGAGGACGUCCAUCGUGGACGGCCUGCUGGUGGAGCUCUACGAGACGUACAGCGGCGGCCGGAGGAACGCGGACAGCUGGGACAGUUCCACCGAGGCGUCCGGGCCGGACAGCUUCCUGGGCCGGUCCAACACCGGCUCCAGUUUCCUCCAGGAGCUCCAGGAGAAACACACCAGGAGGCACCAGGUCCGCUACCUGCACCAGAAAGCGCCCGAGGAGCUGUGUGCCGUCCUGCAGGAGGUCAAGUACCGCACGGGCGUCCAGUCGGCGAAGCUCAUCCGCCAGCUGAAACGACACGACCGACUCGAGCACAAACUGCAAAAGAACUACGACAUCAUCACGGCGUGCCUGCAAGCCGUCUCGCAGAAAAGACGUGUGGACACUCGGCUCAAGUUCACUAUUGAACCAUCUGUUGGGAAGAAUGGAUUCCAGCAGUGGUACGACGCCCUUAAAGCCGUAGCCAGACUUCCCACUGGCAUCCCCAAAGAAUGGAGGAAGCGGGUGUGGCUGACGCUGGCUGACCAGUACCUCCACAGCAUCUCCAUCGACUGGGACAAGACGCUCCGUUUCGCUUUCAACGAGCGCAGCAACCCGGACGACGACUCGCUGGGCGUCCAGAUCGUCAAGGACCUCCACAGGACGGGCUUCAGUUUUUACUGCGGCCAGGAGGGGGAGCAGGACCGGGUGGUGCUGAAGCGGGUGCUGCUGGCGUAUGCCCGCUGGAAUAAAAGCGUGGGCUACUGCCAAGGCUUCAACGUGCUGGCAGGGCUCAUACUGGAGGUGACUGAGAGCCAUGAGAGCGAUGCGCUGAAGGUGAUGAUCUACCUGAUCGACAAAGUGCUUCCCGAGAGUUACUUCGCCAACAACCUGCGGGCGCUGUCAGUGGACAUGGCGGUGUUCCGAGACCUGCUGCGUCUGAAGCUUCCCAGGUUGUCCCAUCACCUGCACCACCUGCAGAAGGCGGCCAACAAGGAGGCGGGAGGCAACUACGAGCCGCCGCUCACCAACGUGUUCACCAUGCAGUGGUUCCUCACCAUGUUCGCCACCUGCUUGCCGGCGCCCACCGUGCUCAAGAUAUGGGACUCGGUUUUCUUCGAGGGCUCCGAGGUGCUGUUCCGGGUGGCCCUCGCCAUCUGGGAGAGACUGGGAGAGAGGAUAAUGUCCUGUCAGACGGCGGGCGACUUCUACAGCACCAUGGGGGGUCUCACCCAGGAGAUGCUGGACCACAACCUCGUGGAUCCUCCCGCGCUCAUACAGGAGGUUUACGGCCUGGCGGCGUUCCCGUUCCCUCAGCUGGCGGAGCUGAGGGAGAAGUACACCUACAACAUCACGCCCUUCCCCACAUCGGUCAGGCCCAGCGGGAGCACGCACGGCGCCUGGGAGAGCGACGACGACGACGACGAGGUGGACGCGGACGACGAAGACUCCGUGACCACGGCGCUGGGCUGUCUGGGGCCGCUGGGAGGCCUGCUGGCGCCGGAGCUCCAGCGCUACCAGAAACACCUGAAAGACCACCGAGCCAAGCACGGAAACAUCGCGGAGCUGAGUCCGGGGGCGGUGGGCGGCGCCAGGGCGGAGCACCAGGCGGCCAUCAACAGCAUGAUGAUGGAGAGGAUGAGCACGGACAUCAGCGCGCUGAAGAAGCAGUACGCUCGCAUCAAGAGGCGGCAGCAGCAGCAGGCCAUGCAGCUUUGCAUACGCACAGACAAGUGUCCUGCCACUCGCGUCCUGGCGUCCCAACUCAACCCCUCCAGCACCGUCAUCAACCAUCUCCUCCUGGGUCGGAGAGCCAGCGCCUGCACCGUCCAGCACGCUCCUUCACCGCAGACUCGGGACUCUCCACGCCGGCAGCGCUGCGGCCCGCGGCCCUCCACCGGCAGCGUGUCCUCGGGGAGCUCCGGGGGAGGGGCGGCGUCUCCUUGGCGAGCUCACGUGCGAGCUCACCGCAGGAACGCGGCCAAGGCGCGAGCGCAGCUGGGCUUCGGGGAUUCCGAGGAGGUGGAUGCGGAGGAGGAGGAGGAGGAGGGAUGUGCUGAGUCUUCACCUCCAGCGUGCGAAGGUGCUCCGCAGGACGGCACAGAGGUGAGGGAGGUGGAGGUGCGACUGGACUCCAUGGACCUGGAGGAGGACACAUCCACACAACCUCCGCCAUCGUCAGCUUCUGAAAACUGUAACGCCAUCACUUCUUCUUCACCUUCACCAGUGUCUACAUUCACAUCCGGAGCUCCAUCCUCCUCCCCCACGCCGCCCUCCACCCCACCCCCAAGCUCCGCCCACCACCUGGCUUCCUCCACGCCUCUCCAAGGCUCCGCCUCCUUCUACAAAACACCCUCCCCCUCCGCGCCGUCGCUCUCGUCCACGUGCUCGUCUUACAUCCACGCUUCCCCCUCCAAGGCGCAGGUCUUCUCGCCGUUCCCUUGCGUCAAGAUGCCCAGGAAGUCCGCGGCGGCCCGCAACCUGGGCCUGUACGGUCCCACCUCCAGGACGCCCACGGUCCACUUCCCCCAGCUGAGCCGCAACUGUAGCAGUGCCAGCAGCACCACCAGGAGGCGCUGAGGAGCCACCUCCAGUCAGACACACCACGUUGCCUCCUGAAUAUCAUGCGUGGAAAACUGAAGGAACUCUUAGCCAUCCGCUUGUCUCUAGUCUCUAUGCCAAGAAGCUGAAGUUUGGGUUGGAGAAUAUGUCACAG